CAAGAUUCCAAUAAAAAGGUCGAGCAGCCAUCAGAGCCCGCUUCAGUCUCUGCUCUCUGUGUGUCCUGCUGUUUGUUAGUUUAGUGUUUUUCUCUCUUUUUUAAACUUCUUUUAGUUUGUUAACUUAUUCAGCUUUUUAUUCCUCUGCCUGUGUGAACUCGUGGAGACUAACAUGAUGUCUGCUCGCUCUCCUCUCUCCGUGAAGAAUGAAAACUCUCUGAGCAGUCAGAUCAGCAACAUGUCUGUGGACAAAGAAAACACGCCUCCGAGUCUGAACACGACCCGCAUCCUGGCGUCUAAAACCGCGCGGAAAAUCUUCGACGAGCCUCUGCCAGUGAAGAAGAGUGAGGAGGAAGAGGAGCCGCUGCUGAAGGCGAACUCUCGCCGCUUUGUCAUCUUCCCCAUCCAGUACCACGACAUCUGGCAGAUGUACAAGAAGGCCGAGGCCUCGUUCUGGACCGCAGAGGAGGUGGAUCUGUCGAAGGACCUGCAGCACUGGGAGUCUCUGAAGGACGAGGAGCGUUACUUCAUCUCUCACGUGUUGGCGUUCUUUGCAGCCAGCGACGGCAUCGUCAACGAGAACCUGGUGGAGCGCUUCACUCAGGAGGUGCAGGUGACGGAGGCCAGGUGUUUCUACGGCUUCCAGAUCGCCAUGGAGAACAUCCACUCAGAGAUGUACAGCCUCCUCAUCGACACCUACAUCAAGGAGCCCACUGAGAGAGAAUACCUGUUCAACGCCAUCGAGACUCUGUCAUGUGUGAAGAAGAAGGCUGACUGGGCCAUCAACUGGAUCGGCAACAAGAACGCCAACUACGGAGAGCGGGUCGUGGCUUUUGCCGCCGUGGAGGGAAUCUUCUUCUCGGGGUCGUUCGCUGCGAUCUUCUGGCUGAAGAAGAGAGGCCUGAUGCCCGGUCUGACCUUCUCCAACGAGCUCAUCAGCAGAGACGAGGGUCUGCACUGUGACUUUGCGUGUCUGAUGUUCAAACAUCUGGUGAACAAGCCGUCAGAACAAACCGUCACCAGCAUCAUCAGGAACGCCGUGGAGAUCGAGCAGGAGUUCUUGACGGAGGCUCUGCCCGUGAAGCUGAUCGGGAUGAACUGCGAUCUGAUGAAGCAAUACAUCGAGUUUGUGGCCGACAGACUGAUGCUGGAGCUCGGAUUCAGCAAGAUCUACCGGGUGGAGAACCCCUUUGACUUCAUGGAGAACAUCUCUCUGGAGGGGAAGACAAACUUCUUUGAGAAGCGUGUGGGCGAGUACCAGAGGAUGGGUGUGAUGUCGGGCUCCACAGACAACACCUUCAGGCUGGACGCAGACUUCUAGGGGACCCUUGUGUUUUGGACUUGGUACGAGCAGCUGACGGGGAAACAUGAACUCUGUAGACUCUAACGGUUCGGGGUCUCUCCUUGCACUGCCUCUUUAUCUUGAUAACUGCUGAGUCAUAUAUGAUGUACAUAGAAGAGUUACUCAGCAGUUAACCUGAUGACCUGAACUGAUGUUUUUUAUUUUGUUAUACACUAACUAGAGUUUUUU